CGCCAUGUUGUGGAUCAGAACAAACAGCAGCAGCCUGUGACUCCUCUCUGAUCUCUCCUUCCUCUGAGGAGGUGGGCGGAGUGAGGGCGGAGUGAGGGCGGUGUGGUCCUGCGUGGCUCCCGUAGAUCAGGGCCUGGGCGUCGACACUGAGCUCCGUGGUGUUAUAUACAGUCUAUGUGUUGAACGCUGCUGCGUAGGAAUCAAACAGCGCGUCACAUCACCCAGAGAGCACGGAGGUGUCUCUUACAUAAACCGGAGGCUGAAUAUAAAACGAACAAGAUGCUCUCCGCCACGCUGGACACCAGUGCCUCUCCGAAGAAGCGGACGUUUUCUCGGGGGCUGAGCGAGGACGAGUCGCUCCGCAGCAUAAUCAAGGAGACGGAGAGUUCUUCCAGGCGUGCGACACGAAGCGACAGCCGUGCAGGCACCCUGAAGAGGAGGACUGACAGCCAGUCUGAGCAGGAUCUCCUCAUGGGACUCCCAGACAUGCUGGAGCUGCAGGCCAGCUAUGACGAGGUGGUGCAGGAGCUGCACGGGCUGGAGGUCGAGCGAGAGGCUCUGUUGUUCCAGGUGGACGUUCUGCAGGACACGCUGGAGGGUGUGGAAGAGCUGCUGGCUGAGGCCCAGAGGGAAGCUGGACAGGCUAGUUUGGAGUUGGAACAAGAGAAAGCGGCCAAGAGGAAGCUGGAGAGCAUGGUCAGCUCUCUGAUGCAAGAGGUGGAGAGAUUAAAAGAGGAACAAAUUAAAGCACCUGCUCAAGUGAACACUUAUGAAACUGAAGACGAGGCAAUGGAGCAAGGAUGCCAAAUGAAAAACCAUGAGGCCAACGAGCAGACUCAAGACUCAUGCAGAGAGGAAAUUGAUUUUUCCGCAUGUGAACCUCACAGCAGAGGCCAAGCUUCUGAGGAGGUGAAGCAGGGCGAUGGAGCAGGGGAUGAAGGAAGCCUCCUGACAAAGCUACGGAAGAUGGUCAACAAGCCUCUGGGCCACAUACCCUCUCUCGCACUGGACAACCCUCUCUCUGAAGACGGUGUCCUCUGGAGGCAUUCCGAAAACAGCAACGACAAUGGCCAAGAUGAGUUACCGGACACAAACGACUCAGACACCUUAAGUGCCUAUGAAGAUGCGUCUGAUGACACUCCAGAGCAGGACAGGAUCUUUCCAGGUGAUGGAGACUGUGUGGACCUGCCUGAUGAUUCAGAGAACAAAGAGCGAAGUCCAACCAACAAUGGUCAAGUCAACAACAGUGAGACCCAAGACCCCCAAAACCCUGAUGUCUGCAUUGUGUCUUAACUUUACCUGUUUUUAUCAAUGACUGGGGAAGAUGACAAAAAUUAUUAUUGAUCUAUUGGUGAAAUUGAAGAGCUCUUUGAUUCACAGUUUAACCAAAUCUGAUAUUCAUAUUCUUAGAAAAUUUUUGAGGCUAAUGGCAACAGCUAGGGUUGCCUUAAUUAAAGCUCCAAUGAUACAUCAACUAGUUGAUUGAAGAAAACUAACCUGAUUUCCGUACUUUUAAAAGCAAAAAUGCCAAAACAUUCACUGGUUUUAAGAUUUCUCAAAUGUGAGGAUUCACUGCUUUACUGUAUCUUUGGAAAAUUGACUACUUUUGGGACGAAAUGAGCUAUUUGGAGACAUUGUUCAGGCUCAUUAUAUUAGACCUUUUAUAGAUCGAUUGUAAUAAUUUACAGAUUAAUUAAGAAAGAAAAUAGUUGUUUGUUGCAGCUCUAGUUGUAAAACACAAGUAGAAAAGUAAGAUUCAGUUCCGAAAUUCAAAACAAAGAAACUCAGGAUUCAGGUGGUUUACCAGCCAGAACUCCACUCAUGGGUACUUAAUUUUUUUUACCACUGAUAUCUUUUUAAUGUCUUAUAUUUCUUUUUAUGCUGAUAAACAUGGAAAAUGCUCUAUGCUGCUUAGGGUUUUUUUUUUAGAAUGUGUGUUUGUACACUAACAGCUGCCAAGACAAAUCAGGAUUUCCCUGUAGACAAAAUACAGUGAACUAUGUAAGUGUGUGAACAGGGACUGAUGCUGUUAUGACUCCAAUCAUAACUGCACAUUUAAAAACACACGACUUUAGAGACAGUCUGAACAUUUAAACACUUUCAGCUUGUUACAGUUUAAUUUCAAAAUGGGAUGAGCCUUGGGGAAAAUGUCCAGAAAAUUUGGUGUGGAGUAUGCAUCUCACAUAUUCAUAUUCUUACGUACAGCCCCAUUUCAGGAGAAUGUCCAGAGUUUAGUACAUGUCUGAAAACUGCAAUGCGGUAAAAUAUUUUGCAGGUCAAAUAUUUGGACUGUCUCCAUUUGUAGGACUCACUGUAGAAGAUUUUUCCAUGGAUGACAUUAGCCUUUGACACCUAAAAUCAGAUUGUGAUUGUCAAUAAAUGAACAAGAGAGGGAUUUUUUUCUAUAAAAGGGGAACACUAUCUAUUUACUGCCACACUGAGUCCAUAAGAACUUUUUACCUGUUUAAUUUGCCCCCUACUUUAGUUUGAAUUUUGUAGAGAAUUGAUUUUGCUGCAUUUGCACUUUCUAAAGAUUUUGUAAUGUGUCAUGGAUUUGUCAGACAAUAUUACAAACAACAUUCCCUUUACUACCGUGCACGUCAGCGAGAGAUGAGAAGCCAACCUGCCGCAGGCUGUCAUCUCUCGGCCUGCAUGCCUCUUGUAUGUUUGCACAUUUGCAGUGAAACUUGCUGAAAUUAGUCUCUUUAGAUGUCUUAAAUUGCUGUACACACUUUGUAUUUAAUCAGAAUUUUGUAUGUUUUUUUACAAUGUUACGUUUCUUUUUUAUUCUUGAAACAACAUUAGACCCUCUCACCUCAUUUGUGAUAGUUUGCAUGAGCAACUACAUUGUUUCUAAACAGCACAUGAACAAAUUGAACUGCCAUUUAAUAGUACUUUUGCAUGCAGUGCUUUAACAGACAUGUAUUGAAUAAUACCUGAACUGAAGAAAUCAUUCAUUUCUCAGCCUCUAAGAUGGAUCUGUCACAUACAGACAUGUUCUACUAUGACAGGCUCAAAUGAGCUUAUGGAAGGUUACUGUAAUUUUAAUGUGCUGGUUAUUUAUGUUGAUACAUACAAUACACUCUGUUUCCUAUUAGGUCAAAGGGUUCUAUUUUGUAAUGAUACAGAAAAUUGACGCCACUCUGAAUCACACUGCUAAAUCGUCAUUUUCUAAAAUUCAUUGAGGGGAAACCUUUACCUUUGAUACUGGGAGUGUAGUUUGAGCUCAUAGCAGUGAUUGUUUUGAUAUUCAAUAAAGUAAUCAAGUUGUUUUUGUGUUUACUUUCAGACGACAAUGUUACACAUCAGCUCUCGGUGUAAUUCAUGUGAUCUAUGGGGCUAAAUAUUAUUUUACUUGUCCUCAGCUUUGAAUUGAAUGUUCAGAUGUGACAGUAAAUUACUUGAUAUAACAUUCCAGACAUAUCAAAAUAAAAGGAGUUGAUAA